UCCCAUUCAAACUAUUCUUGAAAAAACUCCAUUGAGUCAGUCUUUCCAUUUAUAGCAAUUUGCUUACAAAAAAACAAGAAUAUAGUUUUAAAGAAUUGUAGAAUAUGAAGAAGACUCAAAUAGUGAUCAGAAAAGAUGAAUCAAGUAGAGGAUCUUCAAGGGCUGUAAGGUAUGCAGAAUGUCAGAAAAACCAUGCAGCCAAUAUCGGCGGCUACGCCGUGGACGGCUGCCGGGAAUUCAUGGCCAGUGGAGGAGAAGGGACAGGCGGUGCGCUUACGUGUGCGGCCUGUGGCUGCCACCGGAAUUUUCAUCGAAGAGAUGUGGAAUCUGAGAUUCUUCAAGGAAAUGCAUCAGAUUGCAAAAUAUGCACAUGUAAGUGAGAUAGCAGGAAUUCUCAUUCUCUCUCUCGUAUCAGUGCAUAUAUGAAUUGUGCCUAUCUGAGUAGUCCUCUUUCUCAUAAAUUUGGGGUCGGUGGGUAGGCUUCGCCCCUAUGUUCAGCUCAUUACUAGUUCUGCUGGAAGAUCUAAAGAAAUUAGAUCCUUUUCCGUAGAGUAGCCAAACCAGAUAAAUUUGUAUAAUAAUUUCGAUGGCUUUGAACACAGGUGUAAUUGUCCUUUUAUGAAGCUGUUUUUACAUACUGCAGCACUCAAAUACAG